GUGUCUCUCUGUCUGCACAGCAGGUAACCAUGGUGAGCUGCUUGGUCCUCCCCCUGCCUGCCCUCCCUGUCUGCCUCGCUGUGGUCCAGCUGCUCAGGCCCUGCUCAGCUCAGUUUGCUGUGGUUGGACCCCCUGAGCCCAUCCUGGCCAUGGUGGGUGAAGACGCUGAGCUGCCCUGUCACCUGUCCCCAAAGAUGAGCGCCGAGCACAUGGAGCUGAUGUGGGAGCGAUCCAGCCCCAGGCAGGUAGUGCACACGUAUGCACACGGGCAGGAGGACACGCCCGCAGCAGAGUAUGGAGGGAGAACUUCGAUUUUAAGGGAGGACAUCACUGCGGGGAAGGCUGCUCUGCAGAUUCGAGAUGUCAGAGCCUCUGACAGAGGAACCUACCUCUGUUAUUUCCAAGAUGGAGAUUUCUUUGAAAAUGCCCGGGUGGAGCUGGAGGUUGCAGCACUAGGCUCUGAUCCCCACAUUGAAAUGAAGGGCUACGAGGCUGGAGGAAUCCAACUGGAGUGCUUGUCUGCUGGCUGGUACCCGCAGCCCCAAAUCCAGUGGAGAGACACCAGGGGACACGGCUUGCCUGCUGAGGUGGCCACAGAGGCUGCAGACCCCCAGGGCCUUUAUGCAGCCUCAGCCUCUGUGAUCCUGGAAGGCAGCUCUGGGGAGGGGGUCUCCUGUGUCAUCAGAAACCCCCUGCUGGGCCAGGAAAGGUCAGCCAUGGUUUCCAUUGCAGGUCCAUUCUUCCGGAGCGUGGAGCCCUGGGCGGUGGCCCUGGCGGUGCUUCUGCCUGCUCUGCUCUUUCUGCUGCUGGGCACCUGGUGCUUCCUGCGGCAACACAGGAAGAUCCGGGCCCUGACCAAGGAGAAGGAGAGGGAGCGAACACAGAAAGAAGCAGCAGAGGCAGAGAUGCAGCAGCAGAGAAGCGCCAUGGAGAGCCUGCAAGCCGAGCUCAGUUGGAGAAAGAUGCAGUACCUGGAGCGUGGCCAGUCUCAGGCCUAUGCAGAGUGGAAGAUGGCCCUCUUCCAGCCUGUGGACCUGUUCCUGGACCCAGACACGGCGCACCCCCGCCUCCGUGUUUCUGUGGACAAGAGGAGCCUGCAGUUGACAGAGACACGGGAGGACCUGCCAGACAACCCCGAGAGAUUUUCUGAGAAUCCCUGUGUGCUGGGCUGUGAGAGCUUCAUGUCAGGGAGACAUUUCUGGGAGGUGGACGUGGGGGACAGGAGAGACUGGUGUGUUGGGGUUUGUAGGGAGAAUGUGGAGAGGAAAUCUCCUGUUAGAUUGAGACCCGAGAAUGGAUUCUGGGGAAUGAGACGGUCUCAUGGGGGUGACUACCGAGGUCUCACGGACCGUCAGACCAAACUAACAGUUGCCCACCCUCCUGAGAGGGUGGGGAUUUUCCUGGACUAUGAGCUGGGGGAGGUCUCGUUCUACAACGCCAUCAAUGGGUCUCACAUCUUCACCUUCCCACGCACCUCCUUCUCUGGGCCUCUGAGGCCUAUUUUCGGGAUUUGGACUUUGGACCCCAGACCCUUGACCAUUUGCCCAGCUCAGAAAGCAGUGGGAACGUCUGUUGUGCCUGACCCAGGACCUGACCCUUCCCUGGAGACCCCAGUGUCCCUGGGCUCAGCUGAAGGGAAUGGGGACCCUCAGGCUGAAGAAACGUCUCUGCUUCUCGCUGCCCAGCCUGGAGCUGAGAGCAUCCUGAACCACAAAAUAUCUCAACAGGAAAUCACUUACUACAAACACACUGAGGGAGGGACUUCACUAACACUCAUUCAAUGUUCCCACAUGAGAUUAAGCACACAAGGGGCAGAAAGAGUUAGCUUUCCAAAGGUCACUCGGCCAGCUCUAAACAACCAGAGCUGACAUUUAUAGGUGACUUCACAUGUACUGGUGCUGUGCUAACUUCUUCAGGUGACUCUCACUCAGUGAUCCUCACACCCACCUGUGGGAAGCUGCAAAUUCAAUUUCCUUUGUCAUUCAUCCAAAAAUAGUGCUGCUGGAUGGUGUGCAUUCCCUGCCCCUCCCCCACCUGGGGUCUGUCCCUUUGCAGCCCAUUGUUCCUGUUCGGCAGGGUCAUGGGCAGCCGUGAGGGUCCCUCCCAUGGCACCAAGGGUAAAAGUCAUUGCAGGUGACUAUGAAGGCCACAGCCCUCCUGGAUCCCUCAAGGUCAACUGUCAGGGCCAUGGUCCACCCCUUCACUGACUGGCUCUGCAGGACACCGUGGUCCAGAG